AUGCAGAGCUUUACUUACGAGUUUCGCGUUGACGACCAACGAGGGACGUUUUGGUAUCAUGCGCACACGUCGAUACAAUACACCGACGGACUGUACGGGCCCAUUAUCAUUCACGACCCUGAUGAGAAGGUCCCGGCGACCGACGAUGAGAAGAUCGUUUUCCUCGGUGAUCAUUACCAUACAUAUGGCGCAGUUUUGGUAGAAAGUUACCUUGGGGCAGGCUCCCAGUGGAGUCCUGACGAAGCAGGCGUCGAGCCUCUGCCCGACAACUUUCUCAUGAACGGGCAGCACACGUACGACUGCUCCGUCGUCUCCAGCACCUUCUCGUCCGAGGUGUACGACAACGCCGGCACAUGCACCGGCGGCCAGCUGUAUUCGACGAGCAUCCGGCCCAACUCGAGUGUCCGGCUCCGCCUGAUCAACCACAGCUCGUUUAUGUCUUUCUGGUUCAGCAUUGACAAUCAUACGAUGGAGAUUGUUGAGAUCGACGGCAUUGAGGUGGAGCCUAUCGCAAGCAGGGGCGUCUAUGUGAACAUCGGGCAGCGAUACUCUGUGAUUGUGAAUGCGAACCAGACCAGCGGGAACUAUUAUAUGCGAGCGACCCUCCCGCAGACGUGCUUCACUCCGUUCUGUCCCUACACCAGCACGGGACUCGUUAGUAUCGAUUACCAGGUGAAGGGGGUUCUCUCGUACGAAGGAGUCAGUAUCAAAGAUGAGCCAAUUGGUUUUGUUGGAAACACGAGCAAUCCAUUUGGGGUCGACACCAACCUGGUUCGUGGCGAUGUCUGGGAGGGCUGCGACGACAUGCCGUUCGAUAUGCCCAUCCCCAUGAGAAAGGAGGCAGCCAUCGAUGUGAGCCCGAAUAACCAGCACUCGGUGAUAUUCCAAUUUCGCCAGGCGGGCGAAGUCAAUAGAAUUUUCAUCAACCGUGUAAGUUCUCGUUGCGACAAGCGAUAUGAUCUGCUGAGGAUGAACGGCUAA